CUGGAGACAGGCUGCCGGGCAGAUUGAGUGUAUUUCAUUCGUCCAUGUACGAGGUCACAUCAUGGUUUUGUGGAAAUGCCAGAGAAAUUUGUACAGUGAAGUUUUCUGUUGAAUGACAAAGGCGGAUGGGACUUGAUGUGUGCCGGAUUUUCAAGGACUGUUUCUUUUGAUCCAAGGUCACAAUUUCAAAUGUCUUCCAGUGCCAUAAAGGUUGAGGUGAUGUCAAAGAAGGGGGAGAAUCAUACAGAGAUGGACAAGGAUGAGAAAGGGUGCGAGGACAUGCUCUCCGAGAGCAGGUGUGCAAAAGAGGAGCAGUGUGAGAGGCCCUGGGUGGAGGGAGAAGAGUCAGAAAGGAGGUGUUUAAUGCUGCCAGGUGGAGUAGACUCUCAGAGAAGCCUCACAGGAGAGGAGGAGCACUACGGUGGGAGCUUUUGGACCGGAGAACACGGAGAAGAACCUGCGGAGCAGAGAGAGGCAUUGGCGGGACGUCCAGCCCAGGAUAGCUCCUUGGGGGACAGCGGUGAUCUCAUGCAAUGGUGUGUGGGUGAGGAGGUGGCAUGUGCUUUCGAGGCAUGCAUAGAGGAGGUCGGGCGCCUGCAGCGGCAGCAGGAGGAGCUUGUGCAGGAGCUGCUGGCAGAGGAGGAGGUCCUGGUGCAGGCAGGCGGAGCCCUGCGUCCGCUGCUGGAGCGAGCGCAUGGUGACCUGGCCCACACCCACCUGCACAAGCACCGGCUGCAGGAGGAAGUGGCGCAGGUCAAGAAGCAACUGUUCGCCACCGUCAGGGAGUGCGUGCAGAACCAGGUGACCCUGGCAGCGCAGCAGUACGAGGUGGCCCAGCUCGCCCUGGUGCAGGAGGAGCUGCGUGCGGAGGUGUCGGGGCACCUGCGGGAGCUGGAGCGGCUCCGGGAAGAGCACCAGCGCAGGCUGGCCGCCCUGGUAGAGCGAGUGCAGGGCUUUCGUCGGCCACGGGCCAUGAGCGACCUCUCGCAGUGCCGCCGCGCGACAGCCGAGCUCACCCGACGCACCUGGGUGAGCAUGGCCAACCUGAACGACUGGUAUGAGCCAAGGUUGCUGGCCUUGCUGAGGAGAAAGCAAGCGGCUGAGGGCACCCUGCGGAAGACCCGGGAAUUCGGGCAGAGCCUGAAGAGCCAUGUGCGUCCCCUUUCGCAGGAGACUCAGAGGCUGGAGCUCGAGAGAGCACGUCUGCAGCAGAGGAUCCGUCUGAUGGAACAGGAGAGGAGAGAGAGCGUGACCCUGCACAGGGAGACUGUAUCAGCUCUAGAGGACAGGAUACAAAACCUGCAAACAGAGCUCCAGGUCCAGAUCAACAUCAACCGAGAAGUUGCUGAGCUGAAUGAAUGCCUCACUACAAAAACUACUUUAUACAGGUCUAUUCUCCACAGUUGCCCACUUUAUACAGAUGGACUGAAGAUCGAGAUCCAGGUUCUAGAAGACCCUUUCUUCAAGCAGCGGUGCAGCACCAUUCAUGCCAUGCUGUUUACGCAGGACAAUGCUCCGCGUCAUACAUCGAGGUACACCACUGACAGAACAAAGACUUCACCCUCUUCCCCACUUAUUUUACAUGUUAUUGAGAACAUCUGGACUAUACUCAAGUGUGAGAUUUGCAGUGAGGGAAGGCACGUCAUCUCUUUGAACAGCAUUUGGUAGGUUGUGGUGGCAGCCUCAGCUAAAAUUAAAUCAUUUAACAAAUUGACUUGUUAAAUAAUUUCUUUUAUUGUAAUGUAUUUUUUCCUCUUAAUAUUUAAUUUUUUACUUUCAUUUCUUUUGUAUUUAACUGCAUUUACUUAUAUCUAAAUAAAUGGAUCUCAGGAUGUAAUAAGCUUUAUUAAUUAAACAUUCUGUGUCUCUGAAGUUCUCAAUUUCCACGGUGUAUGAAAAGUGCUGUACAGAAACAUGCCUUGUCUAUGAAAUGGACCUGUGGCUGUUUCCUGCAGUGCUCAUAUCCUCCUUCCCUGCAGCAGUGGUGAAUAUUGAGACACUUCACUCCUGCACAUUGGCUGGACUCGAGUUUGGCUCUCGUAGACAUGUGGGAUUUAAAUGGAGAACUGGAGCUGCUGUUUUAUCGCUAUGUCUGGUAAGUCUGGCAGAAAAACAUGUACAUAAAUGUUUGCAUAAGUAUACACACCCCUAAACUAAUAUUUGUUGAAGCAUUUUUUGCUCAUAGUACAAUGGCCUUGUCUAACUGUGUCUAGAUCCAUUAAACUUUUCAGGGUACCCCACAGCUUUUUAAUUGGAUUCUGGUCUGGGUUUGGCCUGGACCAAAAAAAACUAAUAUAUCUUCUGUUCAGCAGGUGGCACUUGACUUCCAUUACAAAGAUGAUCAAAUACUGACCUAGACAUAUCUGGAUCAGCAUUAUUCAAUACAUAAAUGUUUUGCAAAACUGGGACAAAAUUGAAGUCAAUGCAAAUCCUAGAUGGGUAAAAGGGGAUUUGAUUAUCCAGAUGAACUGUUUUGAAAAGAAAAAAAAAACAGCCCCUGCUGAAGCUAUUCCUCUCUGGAUUUGGAUGAUUUGGGUUGUUGUACUGAAAGGUGAAAUCCCACUUCACCUUAAGCUUCCUACUUGCCUGAAAGUCUUUGUACUAAAAUUGACUGACUGGUACUUGGAGCUUUUCAUGAUUCUAAAACCUGAGUUCUGGCUGAAGGAAAAGCAUCAUGGGUAUGGUGUUCCCCAAACAUAUUUUAUUUCUUGCUAAAGUUCAUUCUUGGUCUCAUCGGACCUUUUCCAGUCAGCUACAUCUCUUUGCAAAACAUUGGUUUUUGUACAUAAAUUCUUUUUUUUUUUAAAGGCUUGGAUUUUUUCAUUAUUUGUUUUUGUAAACAGAAAAGACUUCCAUCUUCCUACCCUCCCAGACAUAUGAAUAAUACAGAUCACCUAUAGGGAGCAAGCAUGUGCCAGACUUGCCUGCAGAUCCUUUAAUGUUGCCAUAGGCCUCUUGGGAAAACUCCCUGACCAUCUUCUCAUCAAUUUUGAAGAGAUUUCUUGUUCUUGGCAACUGCAUUGUUGUGCUGUGUUUUCUCUAACGGUUGCUGAUCUCCACUGUGUACUGUGGCAUAUCUAAUGCCUUGAAAAUGCUUGCAAACCCCUCCCCUAGGCACUACCUUUCAAAAAUGAGACUUAAUUCAUGCAUGGUGAACUAUGGCCUAGACACUACCAAGUCAAUAGGAAAAUUGGAACAGCUGAACUUUUUGGGGGGGUUAACCAGUCACUUCAAUUGCUAGCAGCUAUAUACCAAUUGCUAUUUAACAUGCAUAUGAAUGUAAUUGGUUGUUUCUGAACACAGCCUGAUCCCCAGUUAUAAAAGGGUGUGUACACUUUUAUUUAAAAAACACACCUUAAUGCUUCUGAUUGACUUUAGGCUGCAAUUUCACAUUAAAAGGUGGAAUAAGGUUGGAUAUGAUGUAAAAACCUGCUAUCUUACAGGGGUUUGUAGCUGUAUAUAUGCAUUUUUGUUAGAGGGGAAAGAACCAAAAGGCAUACAUUUUUUUACAUUCACACUGAUCUCAAGCUUUAUUUCCUGAAAUCAGUGAAUGUCCCUACUCAACAGGCAACAACACAUUAAUAUCAAAUUGCUUUGGUUUAGGGUCUGCUGUUUCGGAGGAUGUGAUAUCCUGUUGCUCAGACCACAUUCACUGCAACCCACUCGGAGCAGUCACACAGGUGUGAAAUGGAUUAAGGGUAUUACAUUUCUAUAGUUUGCCUAAAAUGAAUUGUGCAUGGCCCAGGAGUGCAGCUGUAGUACCCUGGAGGUUAUAACCACAUACAUGCAUCUUCAACUACUGAAUAUAAAAAAAAAGAUGGAAGAGUGUGGCUAGAACCGACAAUCGUGCUGUCUCUCUAAAACACUAUGUCCAGACACACUUCAUGGUUGCAGUUUCCAACACCUCAGCCAGCGGCGACACAAAACUCUAGUGUCAUCGAUUAUAGAGAAGCUUCGCCCAGCCACACCUCCCAAUAAUAGAUGUAAAACAAGAAUUCCACUGUAUGAAAAGCUUCCAUCAUGUCAGAGUGGUCCCUCGCUGUUGAAUGCCUACGCUAAAACACCCGCACAACAGGUUAGAUUUAGUCCAUUAAAGUCCAUUAAAAUAGUUCUGUUAAAGAGUGAGAGAUCAGUACAAAUGAGUGGUCACGGUGAAACAGAGUGAAGUCAGUGUUUGCUACAGCCAUUUUAGCCUGGAAGGUUACUUAACAUUUGCCUUCUCCUGUUUUUUUCUUAUAAAUCCAUAGUAAUAAAAUAUUCACAUUCACAAAAAGAAAUAAAAUUCACUUAACAGUUCAAAUUCACUUCCACACAAAUCACUCCAGAAUUAAAAAAUAUAAAA